AUGACCUCUUCUACUCCUCUUCCAUACAUUGAAACUCCCCUUGUCCCAUCGCUCUACCUCUCAGAGCUCACUGGUGCAAACGUCUAUCUCAAGCUCGAAUUAACCCAACCUUCAGGCUCUUUUAAAUCUCGUGGUCUUGGGAACCUUGUCUACAAGACCAUUACUGGUAAAAACACUGCAGUUGCUCCUCAUUUGGCCCACACCCCUACUGGAUCUUUCCCUGGUGCACCUGCUAAUUAUUACCAUUUCUUUUCACCUUCUGGAGGAAAUGCUGGCUGCGCAACUGCAUAUGCAGCUCGUCAAUACCUUCAAAAAUGUACCGUGUGUCUUCCUACAACCUCAAACCCUCUUAUGGUUGAUCGCAUCCGCAAAACUGGAGCAACAGUCGUGGUCUAUGGUGCUACCAUUGCUGAGGCUGAUGCACACAUUCGAAACGUUCUCAUUCCAAGCUGUAAGGAAGUGGCAGUCUACUGUCACCCUUAUAAUGAUACUCUGGUGUGGGAAGGGAACUCAACAGUAGCUACCGAGAUUGUAAAACAACUUGAGCCUCACUUGGCUGCGGCUCAAUUCACUCCUCCCCCCUCCUCUCUCACAACCACAAGUAAUAUUCAAAUAUCCUCAAAGUCUUUGGAAGUUCCUCAACAAUCUGCAACACUACCAACUCCUUCAACAUCCCCUAAAUUCAAUUCUGUCUCGUCAUCUUCGGUCUCUAAUCUUCUUCCUUCUCCCAAUGCCUCAUCACUGUGUCUCGCUUCUAACAAUAUACCACCUCCCUCAUCAUCAUCACCAUCUCUUUCAUCCAAAGUUAUUGCCAUUUGCAGCGUUGGAGGUGGCGGUCUUUACAAUGGUCUUGGUAUUGGUUUCUCCUUGGCUGGCUGGUCUGAUGUGUCACUUGUGGCUGUUGAAACAGAAGGUUGUGCCACUCUCAAUCAGAGCAUUAACGCUGGCGGGAAGCAGGUUGAGAUUCCAGCCCCUAAAACAAUUGCCACAUCUCUUUCUACUAUUUCCGUGACACGAGAAACUAUUGAUUAUGCAAUGGGCUCUCGCCCUACUUCCUUUGGCCCUUUGCCAUGCCUUAAUGAAUCCUCUUCAUCUUCCUUGUUGUCAUCAAGUAAUAGUAAUGCUUCUCCUACUGGCAAAACUCACUCUCUUGUUGUUUCUGACCGUGAGGCAGCUGAAGCUUGUAUUCGCUUUGCUCAUGAUCACAAAAUGAUGGUUGAAGCUGCUUGUGGAACUGCCCUGGCCCCCCUUUAUAAUGGCAAGAUUAAAGAAGCCUUUCCUAAUCUUUCUAAAGAUGAUACUAUUGUUGUGGUUGUAUGUGGUGGUACAUCCGUCAGCUGGGACAUUUUGAAGGGAUAUUCUGAGACUUUUGAUAUCCCAUUUUAA